AUGGCACAUCGAAGAGCGAAAUUGCUGUUCCUUCUCUGCGCUCUUUGUUAUGCACUCAAUUCCUUUGCCGCAAAGAGCUAUUACUAUAUACUGCAAGUGUCGAAGAGUGCGGGAAACCAACAAGGAAAAUGCAGCUGGAAGAAUGAUACUCAUAUUGAGAAACAUGCUAAAUCCUCUUGCUAUUAUGGGAUUUGCCCAGAUGGUUCAUUUGAUUAUUUCUCAAAUUGUUCUCUUCACAAAAUUCUUCAAAAUAACAAUGUUAACUCAUCUUCACUUUUACAACUUAUUUUUGCAGGUAAACAGAACUUGACGAGGAAACUCGUCAUUGCAUUUGCAGUGAUCAUAGCCAUAUAUUUCUAUAAGCGGAAGUCAUAUGUACAAUCUCGCAGCCUCUCUUCUGAGCUCACUUCAAAGGAUCUUGAAAGUGGAAGUCAACACUUAUCAUUUGGAGUCAACACUUAUCAUUUUAGUUAUAGUGAACUUGAAGAAGCCACAAACAACUUUGAUCCAUCCAAAGUGCUGGGAAAAGGAGCCUUUGGGACGGUGUAUUACGGAAAACUUAAUGAUGGGCGUAGUGUUGCGGUGAAGAAGUUACUUGAGAAAAAUAAUGACAAAAGAGUUGAGCAAUUCAAGAAUGAAGUUGAAAUCAUGGCAUCAUUAGUCCAUGAAAAUCUUGUGUCUCUAUAUGGAUGCACUUCACUUCACAGUCGCGAGCUUCUACUUGUCUAUGAGUAUGUUUCUAAUGGAACCGUUGCUGAUCAUCUCCGUGGUAAAGAAGCAAAACAUGGAAAACUUACUUGGCCUAUUAGAAUGAAUAUUGCUGUGGAGACAGCAAAGGCGUUGGAGUAUCUUCAUACAUCUAAAAUCAUUCACAGAGAUAUUAAAACAAAUAAUAUUCUGUAUGUCUGUGGAUAA